UUUCUGAUCCAACGUCUAAACUUAACUGCUAAGCUAUCUCCAUUCUCACACCUAUUUAAACAAUCAUCUACCCCCACAAAACCCAUAUGUAAAAUGCGAAAUCGGUUGUCAAAAAUGGAUGAAAAUGUCUUUGGGUCUUUGCCAGAAGGCUUUAUAGCCAACGCUUUAUCUCUUACUAGCCCUCGGGAUGCCUGCCGCUUGUCGUUGGUGUGUUCUGUUUUUAGGUCGGCGGCUGAGUGGGAUGCCGUCUGGGAGAGUUUCUUGCCGUCGGAUUACCAGAAGAUUGUAGCGGCGGAGGAGGAGGAGGACGGUGGCGAUUUCUCUUCCAAGAAACAGUUGUUUCUACGUCUCUGUGAUCGUCCACUCAUCAUCGACGGCGGCAAUAAGAGCUUCUGGUUGGAGAAACGAAGUGGCAAGAAAUGCUACAUGUUGGCUGCACGAGAUUUAUCCAUCGUUUGGGGGGAUACUCCUAGAUACUGGAGAUGGAUUUCGAUGCCUGAUUCACGGUUUACAGAGGUGGCUGAGCUCAUAAGUGUUUGCUGGUUCGAAGUCCAUGGCAGGAUCAGUACUUCCAUGUUGUCACCCGACACUGCUUACUUAGCCUUCAUCGUCUUCAAAUCCACAUCCGAAACUUAUGGUUUCGAAUACCAACCUGCAGAGGUUUCAGUUGGGAUCAGCGGGCUCAAAACCCAGACUCGGACCGUGUUUCUUGAAGCUGGAUUGGAUCAGAGAAGAAGACAGCAUCCAGUUGUUCCAAGACAUCGAAUCGGCAUGUUUCACCGAGGUCAUCGAGCCAACCCGAUUGGGCUGAUUAACCCGAAUUCAAAUGGUAAUGGGCCCAAGGAGAGAGAAGAUGGGUGGCUGGAGAUUGAGCUUGGGGAGUAUUUUAUCAAGAAAGGGGAACUAGGGGAAUUGGAGAUGAGCAUGACAGAAGUGAAGGGGGGAAACUGGAAAGGUGCACUUGUGAUUCAAGGGAUUGAAAUCAGGCCCAAGAUUUGUAAAACUUAGAUCUAUUUUCCUGUAUUUGGGACUAUUUCACUUCAUGUUCUUUUGAAGUAUCUUUAUGAUUUUGGAAUUUUAUUAUACCAUAAAGAUUACCUAAGAUAAUGUCGGAGUUAAGUUAAAAUUAUCCAUCGUUUUUCAA